AUGUCUUCUUUGAAUAUUAAUAUUGAGUCAAUUCCCAAGGUAAGAACUGUUUUGAAUAUCCAAUCGCAUGUUGUGCAUGGCUACGUUGGUAACAAGGCCUCAACUUUCCCCUUGCAGAUGUUGAAUUGGGAGGUUGAUGUAAUGAAUACAGUGAAUUUCAGUAACCAUACCGGAUAUGGGUCCUUCAGGGGAAGCUGUGCGACGGGACAAGAAUUGCUAGAGUUAUAUGAUGGAUUAAGAGAAAGUGGAUUUCAAUAUGAUGCGGUCUUAACAGGGUAUGUAUCCGGUCAUGAGACGUUAGUUGCUGUAGGGAAAAUAUGUACUGAUUUGAAAUUGAAGGCAAUGGAUGAAGGAAAAAACAUAACAUGGCUUUUGGAUCCUGUAAUGGGGGAUGAGGGACAAUUGUACGUGGAAGAAAAUGUCAUACCGGUUUAUAGAAGGCUAUUAGAGUCUAAGUUAGUUGACAUCGUAACGCCAAAUCAGUACGAAUUGGAACUCUUGCUGGACAAAGAGAUUUCGUCUAUAGAAAAUUUGAAGACUUCCUUGAGCUUAUUCCAUGAUAGGUUUAAUGUGAAACAUGUUGUUUUAUCGAGUUUAUUUGCAGAUAAAUUCGAUGAUCUUGAGGGUGGCUCCGAUACCAUUUAUUGUUGUGUCUCGAGCACUUUAUGCGAAAAAUUGGUGUUCUUUAAGAUUGAGAAGAUUGAUAGCUAUUUUACAGGUGUUGGAGAUUUGUUUUCUUCAUUAUUGCUUGACAGAAUUACUUCAAUGGAUGAUGUGGCUGAGGCAGUGAACGAGGCUCUAACUGUUAUGAAGAAGGUGUUGUUUGUAACCAAAAAUAUGACCACCACUAAAGGGGUUAUAGGAGAUAAACAUAUGAAAGAUUGCGAACUUAGAGUUGUAGAGUGCAAGAACUUCUACGAGCAACAUGACAAAUUUUACGAGCCUAUUUUGAUCAGUAAAAAGUAA